AUGGCUUAUAUCAAGGUCAUAGUAGGAUUAUUUUUUACAAACAUUAUCUCUCUUUGUUAUGGUCAGUUUUUAACACCCGAUCAAUUACGUGAACAACAUGAUCUUGGUUAUGGAGCUCGAACACAUUAUGAAAUGUCCGGUGGUCGACGAACAGAUAUGUUCAAUCGUGUUAAUCCUGAUUACUUACUUCAAGGUUGUAGUUUCUUUCCAUUUUGGUCAUUGGUACUCAUUGGUUUUGCACUUAUUUUUUUGACAUUCGCUGUUUGUGGACUUGUUGGUUAUUUAUUAGGAUGUCGUCGGCCGACACUAGAAGAACUUUAUGCAAAUGAAUUUGAUCAAUUAACCCCAGACGAUGAAUUUUUAUUAGGUGCAGGAGGAAUAACAAAUUUAAAUGAUACAAAACUGUCAAUAGCAAAUUCAUCGCAUGGUUAUUUUGAUAACAAUCAUAAAGAUUUUCGUUAUGAAACAUUACCACCUAUUGAACGAACACGUGUUGGACAAAGUUAUGAACAUAUGGUGUAA